AUGGAUUGGAUACUAGUAGCUUUUCUGUCAUUUCUGGCAUUCGCAAGAAGUCAAGAAAUAUGCCUCUCGGGUGAAGAAGACCCGUAUCUGCUCUUCGGAACUAAGACUGCCUACAUCUUCGCGAAUAAAGGCAGCCCUAACACUAGGAUACAGGAUGUUCCUGGUUGUCAGCCAACCGCCAUUUGGUUGCUAAACCGUCAUGGAUCGCACAGUCCCGAAAUGAACGAAACAGCAGGUCUGCAAGCUUUGACCGAUCUAAGGAACAAUGUAAUCACAAAUUACCGGAACGGCAACUUCAGAAAUACUAACCAACGCAUCUGCACAUCUGACUUGAAUCUCCUCGAACGCUGGGUUUGGACUUCGAAUCAGAACCCGUCUUUAGCUGGCGACCUCACCAGUGAUGGCUAUAUCUCUACUCAGCAACUAGCACAAGCCUGGAAGCAGAAGUACCCUGGGCUGCUGACCGAUAAUAGACAUGAUUAUUUGUUCAAAUACGCCGAAGAUCUGCGCUCGAGCACCACUUUCCGAGCGUUUGCAGAGGGUUUGUUUAAAGGGCAACCCGUGGGUGAUGACGUUUCUAAGGAGAACGACGAGAAAACAUUAAGGCCAUACAAAUUCUGUUCAGUGUGGAUGAGAGAUGUGGAGCAAAACAACAAUACACUGGCGCAGAAAAAUACCUUCGAGUCUAAACAAGAGUUCAGAGACAUGAUAAGCAACAUAUCGCGUAGAUUGGGCUUCAACUACGACAUGGAGAAACGCGUUGUAGAAAAUAUCUACCAGAUGUGUCGCUAUGAUAAGGCCUGGAAUGUCACGCAGAUCUCGCCCUGGUGUGCUGCUUUCACUAAGGAAGAUCUCAAAAAGUUUGAGUACGCAGAAGACCUAGAAAUGUAUUACAAGUACAGCUACGGAAAUGAAAUGAACGAGAAGAUGGGUUGCACAACAGUUAAAGAUAUGAUGAACUUCCUGAAGACUCAUGUCAACCACGACACACCGCAACAACCACGAGCGCAAAUCCAAUUCACGGACGCCCCUACAAUUCUUCUAACGUUGACUGCUAUGGGACAGAGGCAUGAUUUGGCACCGCUUACAGGCGACAACUAUCACACACAAGCAAUACAAGCACGCAAGUGGAGCUCGUCCCUAAUGUCGCCGUUCAAUGCUAACAUUGCCGCUGUGCUGUAUAAAUGCUCUCAAGAUGGCAACUUCCAAGUAAAAGGUGAAUACCAGGUGUUGUUCCUUGAAAAUGAAAAACCAAUGAACUUGGAUGGAUGCCGCGUAGGCCUUUGUGACUGGAACUAUGUCAAAAACAAAUUUGGACAAAUCGCCGACAGUUGCGACUUGAAGUUUUGCAAUAGCGCCUCCGCUGCAAACGGUUACAUCGCUAUUGCCUUAGCUUUAACAACAUUUUUCAGUAGAUUCUUAUCGCUUAAUUCAUAA